AUGCCGACGGUCAACCACCCGGGCACGUACAACGCGGUGUGCAUCGAGAUGGAGGUGCGCAACCUCGCCAUCAACACGAUCCUGACGGCAUCACUCAUCAACAACCUCGAAGGGGCGGACGCCAACCCGAUGGGGGCUUCGGCGGCGAUGGCGGUGGAGGGGACGGGGACGGAUCGCUCAUGGGCGUUCUCGGACACCAACAUCCUCGUGCUGCGAGAGAUGGUCAAGUCGUGGUGGGCGGAGGCGUGCCGGGGCAGCCCGAUGGCGGACCUGAUGGUGAACCAUUUGGUGCGGUGGAUCGAGGACCCGGACUCGUUCCUGUACGACCGGGCGCUGCACUACUACGUGCAGAUGAUUUGCCGCAAGGCGUUCCAGCAGCUCAUGGGCGACUUCCGCAAGGUGGGGUGCCAGGUGGUGUUUGCCAACUCGGGGCGGAUGAUGCUGCAGACGGGCAAGUUUGACGUGCAAAACGCGGCGUCGUACGCGCAGUACAUUACGCGGUCUAUCAAGGCGCAGCCGCUAUUCCACUUUAUCGACUUGGAAAUUAAAGAGUACUGGGACUACCUGGUGUGGUACGACGAGUACAACUACGGCGGCAAAGGGUGCGAGAGCGUGGUGGCGGAAGGCGGGGAGGUGGAGGAAGAGGUGAACCAAAACUUUGAGACGCUCUCGACGCGGGAGCGGAUGAGGCAGAUGGAGGAGAAGCGCAACGACCAGGCGGCGCCGACGGUGGAGAACAUUAUCAGCGGCAAGCACUUUGAGCGACCACUCAAGAAGGACGUGGCGGGGCUCAUCAAGGCGCAGCAACGGGAGAUUGUGCACGCGGAGCUGGCGGCGGACUACGACUUUCCCGCGCUGCCGGGAACACUCUUUUCGGGACGCAACAGCCGGGACGGGGUGCUGGAGCUGGUCAAGUGCAUGAUGCAGGUGCUCAGCCUGGACAAGAACAUUACCAACGAGGCGCGGCUGCUCCGGCGGGACCUGUUGCAAAUGUUUGACGUGCGGGAGUUUAGCAAGGACGGGGCGUUUCGCAACCCGGCGGAGACGCUGCGGCUGGCGGAUUAUAGUUGUGAGAACUGCGCGAUGCCCCGGGAGCUGGACUUUUGCCGAGACGAGGAUUUGUUGCCCGAGGUUGGGGAGGACGGGCGGCGCAAGACGGGCGCUGGAGCCGGUGCCGGAGCCGGAGCCGGAGCUGGGAGUGCGGAGGGGGCGGGACGGACGUGGAACUGCCGAGGGUGCGGGUGGGAGGUGUCACGGCUAGAGCUGGAGGAGAGGCUGGUGGGCGAGGUGGAAAAGGUGCUGGUGGGGUGGGUGACGCAAGAUCUGCGGUGCGGACGGUGCGGCGCGAUCAAGCAAAACGAGUUUAUGGAGCACUGCACGUGCAGCGGGCCGUGGGUGGACGGGCUGGACAAGGGGGCGAUUCGGGAGAGGCUGGAGGUGUUUGGGAGCGUGGCGCGGUACUAUGACUUGAGGAUGCUGUGGACGGUGGUGAAGGAGACGUUGGACGAGAUGUGA